AUGCAAGAGAUUUCAGAGAAGGAAAACCCAGAGCGUGAGGCAGCUGUAGUUAUGAGAACCACCAUCAGUCUGGUCUGGAGGCAGAUCGAGGCAUACAUGAGUGUGAAGGAGCUGAAGGAGGCGCUACAGCUGAACAGCACCCACUUUCUCAAUGUUUACUUUGCCAGUUCAGUGAGGGAAGAAUUGGCAGGUGCUGCCACCUGGCCAUGGGAUAAAGAGGCCCUUAGUCACCUGGGUGGAGUUGUCCUUAAUCCUGCUUAUUACGGUAUGCAUGGCCACACGAACACCAUGAUCCAUGAAGUGGGACAUGUCCUAGGGCUGUACCAUGUCUUUAAGGGAGUGAGCGAGCGGGAAUCUUGUGACGAUCCCUGCAGGGAGACAACUCCUUCUAUGGAGACUGGAGACCUCUGUGCUGACACUGCCCCAACCCCAAAGAGUAAACUCUGUCGGGAUCCAGACCCUACCAAUGAUACCUGUGGCCAGACACACUUCACUGGAACACCCUUCAACAACUAUAUGAGUUACACAGACGAUGACUGCACCAACACCUUCACUCCCAAUCAAGUGGCCCGGAUGCAUUGCUACCUGGACCUGGUGUACCAGCGCUGGGGCCAGAGCAAGAAGCCUGCACCCAUCCCCAUUCCCCCCAUGGUCACGGGGCAGACACAGGACUCCCUCAGCAUCUACUGGCUGCCUCCCAUCAGCGGCGUCAUACAUGAGAGGGAGCCUGACACGCUCUGUGAAGACUGUGCUGAAGAUGGCACUUUCCACCAGUAUGUCCAUGAGGCCUCUUCCCCUCGAGUCUGUGAUUCCUCUGGCUACUGGACCCCAGAAGAGGCAGAAGGGCCCCCAGAUGUGGAUCAGCCCUGUGAGCCCAGCUUGCAGGCCUGGAGUCCAGAGCUCCACCUGUACCACAUGAACAUGACUGUGCCUUGCCCCCAGCCUGACGGCUGCAUCCUGGAGUUGCGCUUCCUGCACCCUGUCUAUCCAGAUUCUCUCACGCUCUGGACCACUUACCUCUCCAUGGACUCUCCCAAGGCACUGUCUGACAUUGAAAUCCUGACAGAGCAUGGGGAAUCCAUCCAUUUGGGCCCCCUAGACACCUUCUGUGACGUCCCUUUGACCGUGAAGCUCAACAUCCAUAAGAAGGUAUCUGGAGUCAAAAUCUACACCUUUGAUGAGAGGAUGGAGAUAGAUACAGCCCUGUUGACCUCCAUGCCUCAUAGCUCUCUCUGCUCCGCCUGCAAACUGAUACAAUACCGAGUCCUCCGUGAUCCUCCGUUUGCUAAUGGCUCCCCUGCCACAACGGCACAAGCACACCGCAAGUUCAUUGACACGGAAGUCACGCCUGGGCAGGUGUAUCGCUACCAGGUGCAGGCAGUCUCUGGGACGAACUUGGGAGACGCCUCCCCACCGCUAAUCCAUGUCCAUGGAGCUCCCUACUGUGGGGAUGGGAAGGUGACCAUGAGCUUGGAGGAGGAAUGUGAUGAUGGGGAUUUGCUGGAUGGAGAUGGCUGUUCCAGGAUGUGUAAAAAGGAAAAAGGCUUCAACUGUGUUGGGGAGCCAAGCCUAUGCUACGUGCAUGAUGGAGACGGAGUGUGCGAGCCUUUCGAGAAAGCAAACAGCAUCCUGGACUGCGGUCUCUAUACCCCUGAAGGAUACAUCGACCAGUGGGCAGCAAAAGCCUAUGCCUCCCAUCAGGAUAAGAAGUCGUGCCCUGUUUCCUUGGUGACUGGAGAGCCUGUUGUGAAGGUGUGUAAAUCCCACCUUCAUGAUGGGCCAAAGGACCUUCCCUUUGCUGCUUGGUUCCCUUGUACUCCCAGCCAAGGCAAUGCUCAGGAUCCAGAUGGGGAGAGGUUGCCCUUGGAUGAGAGAGUCUGGCUCAAGGUGUGCUUCCACAGGCCAGGAGUGCCUACCUCCAUCUUGGUUUUCCUGGCGUCUGAUGGCACCAUCCCAAAUGACCAGCGCAAGUCAACUGUGACUGUCCAGCUGACUGAUGUAAACGGGCUGAACCNUCCCCUAGGGACACAUGAGUUGUCAUGUCAGCAGAACCCGCUCGUCAUCAAUGUGACCUACAACCAGGAGUACCUUUCCCACCCGAUCGCUACAGUGCUGCUCAACUUCUCCUCCCCACUCGUGGGCAUCGCAGCUGUGGCCUUGCGGACAUCUGCUCACUCUGCUUCUUCUGACCUGACCACCUGCCUCCUGGAGCAUGAGGAGGGACACGGCCACCAGACCUUCAGCUGUGCCCACCAUACCUGUGCGGAACCAGGAAGCUGCACACGCCCAGUGCUUGUUCACGCUGCCACCCUGAACUGCACCCCCAGUGGUCCAAGGGAUAUGGAGUGCAUUGUUUCCUGUGAAAAGGGAUUCAUCCUCCACUCUAGCAAUGGGAAGAGCCUGGGCUCCAUGCAGAAGGAGGUGGUGCUGACAUGCAGCUCAGGGCAGUGGGACAGAUCUGUGACUUGUGACCCUGUUGAUUGCGGCGUCCCUGACCAGUCACACGUGUACUACGCUGAGUUCUCAUGCCCGAAGGGGACCACGUACCUGAAGAGAUGUUCCUUCUCCUGCAUCCGGCCUGCUAAGCUUCAAGGAAUGAGCCAGUGGUUGACCUGCCUUGAGGAUGGACUCUGGUCACUCCCUGAAGCCUACUGCAAGCUGGAAUGUGAUGCUCCUCAUGCGGUGGCCAAUGCCAAGCUACUGGUCCCUCGGUGCCUGCAGGGGAACCAUGAUGUGGGCUCAGUAUGUCGCUAUAAGUGUAAACCUGGAUACCACGUGGCAGAGAACGCAGUGGGCAAGCCUAAGAAGAAGUUCCUGAAGAUCCAGUGCUUGGAAAGUGGCCUGUGGGAAGAAGGGCACUGUGUUCCUGUGGUGUGCGAGCCACCCCCGCCGGUCUUCGAGGGGAUGUACAACUGUACCCAGGGUUUCGAGCUGGACAGCCAGUGCAUCCUGAACUGUGAGCCGCAGAGUGAGAGGGUUCCCAUCAUUUGCACUAAGGAAGGCUUAUGGACAGAAGAGUUCAAACUGUGCGAGAACUUACAGGGGAACUGCCCGCUGCCCCCGGAGCUGAAUUUUGUGGAGUACAAGUGUGAACAGGGGCAUGGAAUAGGUGCUGUGUGCAUACCUUCCUGUAUUAUCCCCCCCAGUGAUCCAGUCAUGCUGCCCGAAAAUGUAACUGCUGAGACUAUGGAUCACCGUCUGCAACCCACUCGAGUCCAGCAUAUUGUAUGCACGGGCAGGCUGCGAUGGUAUCCAGACCCCUCCGUCAUUCACUGCAUCCAAUCGUGUGAGCCUUUCCAAGCAGAUGGCUGGUGUGACACCAUCAACAAUCGGGCAUACUGUCAGUAUGAUGGGGGUGACUGCUGCUCCUCCACACUGUCCUCCAGGAAGGUGAUUCCGUUUGCUGCUGACUGUGACCAGGAUGAAUGCACCUGCCGUGACCCAGCGGCUGAGGAGAACCAGUAG